AUGAAAGAAAUUGACUUAAUUUUCAUUACAUUUUUCGUAGUAACGGCUCACGUAACUAGUAAUUGGUCUAAAGUUACACCUACUCAUAAAAUUGCUCCAACAGGACCUCAUAAGCUUGCAUUCUCCGAAGAUAUAAGGAUUGUGGGAGGAAAUGAAGCUUCGCCAAACUCCUUACCAUAUCAAGUCUUUUUGAGGCUUAUUUACGAUACAUACACGAGUUUCUGUGGAGCAUCUCUUAUAUCUAGAAGAUACGUGUUAACUGCUGCACAUUGCUUGGUAGAUGACCUUGUAUCAUUGGAAGUAAUUCUGGGAGCGCAUAACAUUCGUCAAGGAGAAUCUACCCAACAACGCAUUCCAACCUCCACGUUCAAAGUACAUGAACAGUAUAAUAAUCAACCAGCACCGAAUGAUUUAGGCAUCGUCUAUCUUCCAACACCAGCCAAUCUCAAUCAGUGCGUUCAGCUGAUAGCGCUUCCAAGUAGAGCUGACGCUUCAAAAAAAUUCAUUAUGAUCUCAAGCAGUAGCAAGUGGUUGGGGAUACACUUCUCAGCCUAAUCCUGGUCCAGCUUGCUCUGGAGAUUCAGGUGGACAUCGUGUCGUCAGUGGAAAGGUGGUAAA